GUGCGCUGCCGCCGCUGCAGCGGGAGGUCUCGCGGGAGCACCUGGCCCUUGCCGCGGGCGGGCUGCCGCCGCUGCAGCGCGCCGUGUCGCGGGACCGCCUGGCGGUGCGCCUGCCAGGGGCCGCGCUGUCUCCGCAGGCCCCGCAGCCGCCGCUGCACCUGGGCGCCACCUCCCCGCGCGCGGCCCAGGUCCGCGUGGGCGUCGGGAUGCUGCCGCUCGACGGCUCCCCGCACGCCGUGGCCUCUCCGAGGGUGACCGUCGGAGGAGUGGUGGUGGUCGGGCCCGGGGCGCGGACGCCUGCAGGGGCGGUCCGCGCAACGCCCGCGCCCCACCUGCAGCCACCCCGAAGCGGCGGCGCGGCCGAGGCAGGCAGCGCGCGCGCCCGAGGGCGGGCAGAGCAGAGGCCGGCGUCGAGGCGGACGGCGGCGAAGGGGCCGGCCAGGGCCGCUCGCGCUGGUUGGGGCCUUCCUCGGACGGGGCCGGACGAGAGG